GCCAAGGGCGCGGCGGCCUCGGAGCGCGGCCCUUCAGCGCCCGCUCUCUCCUGACCUGCUCCCCCUUCCUGCUCCCGGUUCCUCCGCUCCCUUCUCCCCCCGCCUGGCCAUGCUGAGCUCCCGCGGCCCGGCCCUGUGCACCGCUCUGUGGCGGGCGGCGGGACCCGCCGGCCUCGCCUCCUUCCACUGCUCCGCCCGGCGCCGCCACUCCGCCCGCGUCGCUGUGGUCCUGUCUGGUUGUGGCGUCUACGAUGGCACAGAAAUCCACGAGGCUUCAGCUGUGCUGGUGCACCUUAGUCGUGGGGGAGCUGAGGUUCACAUGUAUGCUCCAGAUGUUCCUCAGAUGCAUGUCAUUGACCACAGUAAGGGGCAACCAGCUGAAGCUGAGUCAAGGAAUGUUUUAGUGGAGUCUGCAAGAAUAGCUCGUGGUAAAAUUGCAAGCCUGGCUAAGCUGACCACAGCAGACCAUGAUGCUGUGAUAUUCCCUGGUGGAUUUGGAGCUGCCAAAAACUUAUCUACCUUUGCUGUUGAUGGGAAAGAUUGCAAGGUGAACAGAGAAGUUGAACGAGUCUUGAAGGACUUCCACAAAGCAGGCAAACCUAUUGGCCUGUGCUGCAUUUCCCCAGUGUUGGCAGCAAAGGUUCUCUCUGGUGCUGAAGUAACUGUGGGCCACGAAGAAGAGGAAGGUGGCAAGUGGCCUUAUGCUGGGACUGCAGGAGCCAUCAAAGAGCUGGGAGCAAAGCACUGUGUGAAAGAAGUAACUGAAGCUCACGUGGAUACAAAAAACAAGGUGGUGACUACCCCAGCAUUUAUGUGUGAAACAGAAUUACACAAUAUCUUCGAUGGCAUUGGGGCAAUGGUAAAGAAUGUGCUAAAACUAACUGGCAAAUAAAAAAAAAAAAAAACAACAACACCAGAAAUGUUUAAAUUUAGGGCAUAGUAU